AUGGUAUACAUGUAUAUAUGUCUUUUUUUUUUUUUUUUUUUUGGGAGAGGGGCAAGGAAUUCUUUAAUUGUUUUCCACAUGUCUUUUAGUUACGAUAAUGUGGUUGCACAAGGCGAGAGUUUCAUGGCGGACGGCCGCCGGCAGGCAUUUGAAGUCCCUUCAUGUGCGCAGACUGCCGUCUUGAAGUCAGGGCAGUUGCAGCAGAAACAUGCAAAAAACACAGAGUCCCAAACGGAGGAGUGGCAUUUGUUUGGUCAAAGCAGCCCGAGGUCCCGUCGCACACCACAAAAGCAGAGGGCGGUUCAUACUCCCCCCACGCCGCGGGGACGGCGCUGGGGUUCGCCAAAUUCCAUGAAUCGUUCUGAGUCCACACAGCGUUAUAUGUCUCUCCCCAGUAUGCGUUGCAAGUACUGUUUCCGCCCACUCGCUCCAGGCGAAACUGCCGAACAUGACCGUUACUGUUCUCUGAAACCAUUGGCGUGUACAAAAAUUGACUCAAAGACAGGCACAGUUUGCGGCUAUAUAUGCCGCGGCAGGAAUAUGCUUCUCGACCACGAGGCCCAUUGCCAUGCGAAAAAGUCAAGGCCCCACACACACUGUAAGGAAAUUCCGGAGCACCAUGUAAAGGCUGUUGUCAAUGACUCCCAUAUCAAGUCUGGCACAUCAGAGCGCUUAAUGUGUUCUUCUUGUGGUACCUUGGUCAACUACCCGGCAGCUCUGGCACGGCACAGGAUGAUUUGUCCUGAGGUUGAAGUUUUGUGCCCUCUCAUGUGCGGUAAAACAUUUCGUCGUGGUGAGGUUGCACAGCAUGUGAAACAGCAAGCGCUUGAGCAUGCACCAAUGCCUGUCCCAAACUUGGCUAACUGUGCCGGCGAUGAUCCAAAAGUUGUGUUGGCUCUUGUUAUGAAUAUGCUAUUGGAAAGGGCAGGGAUUUUUGGUGAAGGGGGCCUGAAUACACAAAGAAGCAAUGAAACACCGUCACUGGGGUAUUACGUUUCAGGUUCGCAUUCAUCCAUUCUUGAGACAGGCCGCAUCUCCGACUCCGGCCGCCCUUCUUUCGUUCCUCCGAAAAGCGCCCAGACUAAAUUGGCGAUGACCUCUAGUCCACUUAUUGACCAAAACCAUUGCUUUGAUAAUUCUCCCCAAUCGGCAUUUAGUUUGCCUGAAAAGAUGCCAAUACCGCGUCUAAUAGUUCCAGAGCCAACUGGACGUGGCGAGAACUGCGGCUCUUCUGUUAACAAGCUCGCUGGUAUGCCCGUUUACGUAAAAGAUUUUUCUUUUCUGCGAAUGAGUCUUCUACGCGCUCCCCGCCACGGUUAG